AUGCAGGGGGAUACGAAACAGGCGAAUUACGUGUUGCGAUCUGGCCAACGGGUUGAAGACCAUAUUUACGUCGCAUAUAAGGAGAUCUUGGAUAAUGGUGGAGCUCCCGUCUCCAAUUAUAUCGUUGAAAAACAGGAUGCCACUACAGGAGAUUGGGUUCCGGUCAGUAAAUUUGUUCGUCAACCGGAAUUUGAGGUUACGGGAUUGGAUGAAGGCAAGAAGUACAAGUUCCGAGUACGUGCAGAGAAUCCGUAUGGCGUUGGCGAACCGCUGGAGGCUGAUCGUGCUAUUACAGCAGAAAAUCCAAUUGUUCCUCCCGGACAAGUCAGCGGCCUCGAAGUUACAGAUGUCGACGCGGACAGCGUGACAUUGGCCUGGACGAAACCUCGCAACACCGGUAAUGGAAAAGUGUCAGGCUAUGUUGUGGAGUACAAACCGGCAAACGGAGAUGAAUGGAUCAAAGCACCCGGUGGUUCUCCUAAGGACACCACGGCAACAGGUCUGUCCUUAUAA